AUGGCUACUCGAAGAUUUUCUAUACCAACUCGCAUCACUACCGAUGUUGACCGUUCACAAGAGACACCAUCAACUACUCGAAGAUUUUCUAUACCAACUCGCAUCACUACCGAUGUUGACCGUUCACAAGAGACACCAUCAACUACUCUAAGAUUUUCUAUACCAACUAGCAUCACUACCGACGUUGACCGUUCACAACAGACACCAUCAACUACUCGAAGAUUUUCUAUACCAACUAGCUUCACUACCGAUGUUGACCGUUCACAACAGACACCAUCAACUACUCGAAGAUUUUCUAUACCAACUCUCAUCACUACCGAUGUAGACCGUUCACAACAGACACCAUCAACUACUCGAAGAUUUUCUAUACCAACUCGCAUCGCUACCGAUGUUGACCGUUCACAACAGACACCAUCAAUUACCAUUCUUAUAGCUACUCGAAGAUUUUCUAUACCAACUCGCAUCACUACCGAUGUAGACAGUUCACAACAGACAUCAUCAACUACUCGAAGAUUUUCUAUACCAACUCGCAUCACUACCGAUGUAGACCGUUCACAACAGACACCAUCAACUACUCGAAGAUUUUCUAUACCAACUCGCAUCACUACCGAUGUAGACCGUUCACAACAGACACCAUCAACUACUCGAAGAUUUUCUAUACCAACUCGCAUCACUACCGAUGUAGAUCGUUCACAACAGACACCAUCAACUACUCGAAGAUUUUCUAUACCAACUCGCAUCAUUACCGAUGUUGACCGUUCACAACAGACACCAUCAACUACUCGAAGAUUUUCUAUACCAACUCGCAUCAUUACCGAUGUUGACCGUUCACAACAGACACCAUCAACUACUCGAAGAUUUUCUAUACCAACUCGCAUCACUACCGAUGUAGACCGUUCACAACAGACACCAUCAACUACUCGAAGAUUUUCUAUACCAACUCGCAUCACUACCGAUGUUGACCGUUCACAACAGACACCAUCAACUACUCGAAGAUUUUCUAUACCAACUCGCAUCACUACCGAUGUUGACCGUUCACAACAGACACCAUCAACUACUCGAAGAUUUUCUAUACCAACUCGCAUCACUACCGAUGUAGACCGUUCACAACAGACACCAUCAACUACUCGAAGAUUUUCUAUACCAACUCGCAUCACUACCGAUGUAGACAGUUCACAACAGACAUCAUCAACUACUCGAAGAUUUUCUAUACCAACUCGCAUCACUACCGAUGUAGACCGUUCACAACAGACACCAUCAACUACUCGAAGAUUUUCUAUACCAACUCGCAUCAUUACCGAUGUUGACCGUUCACAACAGACACCAUCAACUACUCGAAGAUUUUCUAUACCAACUCGCAUCACUACCGAUGUAGACCGUUCACAACAGACACCAUCAACUACUCGAAGAUUUUCUAUACCAACUCGCAUCACUACCGAUGUUGACCGUUCACAACAGACACCAUCAACUACUCGAAGAUUUUCUAUACCAACUCGCAUCACUACCGAUGUUGACCGUUCACAACAGACACCAUCAACUACUCGAAGAUUUUCUAUACCAACUCGCAUCACUACCGAUGUUGACCGUUCACAACAGACACCAUCAACUACUCGAAGAUUUUCUAUACCAACUCGCAUCACUACCGAUGUAGACCGUUCACAACAGACACCAUCAACUACUCGAAGAUUUUCUAUACCAACUCGCAUCACUACCAAUGUAGACCGUUCACAACAGACACCAUCAACUACUCGAAGAUUUUCUAUACCAACUCGCAUCACUACCGAUGUUGACCGUUCACAACAGACACCAUCAACUACUCGAAGAUUUUCUAUACCAACUCGCAUCAUUACCGAUGUUGACCGUUCACAACAGACACCAUCAACUACUCGAAGAUUUUCUAUACCAACUCGCAUCACUACCGAUGUAGACCGUUCACAACAGACACCAUCAACUACUCGAAGAUUUUCUAUACCAACUCGCAUCACUACCGAUGUAGACCGUUCACAACAGACACCAUCAACUACUCGAAGAUUUUCUAUACCAACUCGCAUCACUACCGAUGUAGACCGUUCACAACAGACACCAUCAACUACUCGAAGAUUUUCUAUACCAACUCGCAUCACUACCGAUGUAGACCGUUCACAACAGACACCAUCAACUACUCGAAGAUUUUCUAUACCAACUCGCAUCACUACCGAUGUAGACCGUUCACAGCAGACACCAUCAACUACUCGAAGAUUUUCUAUACCAACUCGCAUCACUACCGAUGUUGACCGUUCACAACAGACACCAUCAACUACUCGAAGAUUUUCUAUACCAACUCGCAUCACUACCGAUGUAGACCGUUCACAACAGACACCAUCAACUACUCGAAGAUUUUCUAUACCAACUCGCAUCACUACCAAUGUAGACCGUUCACAACAGACACCAUCAACUACUCGAAGAUUUUCUAUACCAACUCGCAUCAUUACCGAUGUUGACCGUUCACAACAGACACAAUCAACUACUCGAAGAUUUUCUAUACCAACUCGCAUCAUUACCGAUGUUGACCGUUCACAACAGACACCAUCAACUACUCGAAGAUUUUCUAUACCAACUCGCAUCACUACCGAUGUAGACCGUUCACAACAGACACCAUCAACUACUCGAAGAUUUUCUAUACCAACUCGCAUCACUACCGAUGUAGACCGUUCACAGCAGACACCAUCAACUACUCGAAGAUUUUCUAUACCAACUCGCAUCACUACCGAUGUAGACCGUUCACAACAGACACCAUCAACUACUCGAAGAUUUUCUAUACCAACUCGCAUCACUACCGAUGUAGACCGUUCACAACAGACACCAUCAACUACUCGAAGAUUUUCUAUACCAACUCGCAUCACUACCGAUGUAGACCGUUCACAACAGACACCAUCAACUACUCGAAGAUUUUCUAUACCAACUCGCAUCACUACCGAUGUAGACCGUUCACAGCAGACACCAUCAACUACUCGAAGAUUUUCUAUACCAACUCGCAUCACUACCGAUGUUGACCGUUCACAACAGACACCAUCAACUACUCGAAGAUUUUCUAUACCAACUCGCAUCACUACCGAUGUAGACCGUUCACAACAGACACCAUCAACUACUCGAAGAUUUUCUAUACCAACUCGCAUCACUACCGAUGUAGACCGUUCACAACAGACACCAUCAACUACUCGAAGAUUUUCUAUACCAACUCGCAUCAUUACCGAUGUUGACCGUUCACAACAGACACCAUCAACUACUCGAAGAUUUUCUAUACCAACUCGCAUCAUUACCGAUGUUGACCGUUCACAACAGACACCAUCAACUACUCGAAGAUUUUCUAUACCAACUCGCAUCACUACCGAUGUAGACCGUUCACAACAGACACCAUCAACUACUCGAAGAUUUUCUAUACCAACUCGCAUCACUACCGAUGUAGACCGUUCACAGCAGACACCAUCAACUACUCGAAGAUUUUCUAUACCAACUCGCAUCACUACCGAUGUAGACCGUUCACAACAGACACCAUCAACUACUCGAAGAUUUUCUAUACCAACUCGCAUCACUACCGAUGUAGACCGUUCACAACAGACACCAUCAACUACUCGAAGAUUUUCUAUACCAACACGCAUCACUACCGAUGUAGACCGUUCACAACAGACACCAUCAACUACUCGAAGAUUUUCUAUACCAACUCGCAUCAUUACCGAUGUUGACCGUUCACAACAGACACCAUCAACUACUCGAAGAUUUUCUAUACCAACUCUCAUCACUACCGAUGUCGACCGUUCACAACAGACACCAUCAACUACUCGAAGAUUUUCUAUACCAACUCGCAUCAUUACCGAUGUUGACCGUUCACAACAGACACCAUCAACUACUCGAAGAUUUUCUAUACCAACUCGCAUCACUACCAAUGUAGACCGUUCACAACAGACACCAUCAACUACUCGAAGAUUUUCUAUACCAACUCGCAUCAUUACCGAUGUUGACCGUUCACAACAGACACAAUCAACUACUCGAAGAUUUUCUAUACCAACUCGCAUCAUUACCGAUGUUGACCGUUCACAACAGACACCAUCAACUACUCGAAGAUUUUCUAUACCAACUCGCAUCACUACCGAUGUAGACCGUUCACAACAGACACCAUCAACUACUCGAAGAUUUUCUAUACCAACUCGCAUCACUACCGAUGUAGACCGUUCACAGCAGACACCAUCAACUACUCGAAGAUUUUCUAUACCAACUCGCAUCACUACCGAUGUAGACCGUUCACAACAGACACCAUCAACUACUCGAAGAUUUUCUAUACCAACUCGCAUCACUACCGAUGUAGACCGUUCACAACAGACACCAUCAACUACUCGAAGAUUUUCUAUACCAACUCGCAUCAUUACCGAUGUUGACCGUUCACAACAGACACAAUCAACUACUCGAAGAUUUUCUAUACCAACUCGCAUCACUACCGAUGUAGACCGUUCACAGCAGACACCAUCAACUACUCGAAGAUUUUCUAUACCAACUCGCAUCACUACCGAUGUAGACCGUUCACAGCAGACACCAUCAACUACUCGAAGAUUUUCUAUACCAACUCGCAUCACUACCGAUGUAGACCGUUCACAACAGACACCAUCAACUACUCGAAGAUUUUCUAUACCAACUCGCAUCACUACCGAUGUAGACCGUUCACAGCAGACACCAUCAACUACUCGAAGAUUUUCUAUACCAACUCGCAUCACUACCGAUGUAGACCGUUCACAGCAGACACCAUCAACUACUCGAAGAUUUUCUAUACCAACUCGCAUCACUACCGAUGUAGACCGUUCACAGCAGACACCAUCAACUACUCGAAGAUUUUCUAUACCAACUCGCAUCACUACCGAUGUAGACCGUUCACAACAGACACCAUCAACUACUCGAAGAUUUUCUAUACCAACUCGCAUCACUACCGAUGUAGACCGUUCACAACAGACACCAUCAACUACUCGAAGAUUUUCUAUACCAACUCGCAUCACUACCGAUGUAGACCGUUCACAGCAGACACCAUCAACUACUCGAAGAUUUUCUAUACCAACUCGAAUCACUACCGAUGUAGACCGUUCACAACAGACACCAUCAACUACUCGAAGAUUUUCUAUACCAACUCGCAUCAUUACCGAUGUUGACCGUUCACAACAGACACCAUCAACUACUCGAAGAUUUUCUAUACCAACUCUCAUCACUACCGAUGUAGACCGUUCACAACAGACACCAUCAACUACUCGAAGAUUUUCUAUACCAACUCGCAUCAUUACCGAUGUUGACCGUUCACAAGUGACACCAUCAACCACUAAAAGAUUUUUUAUUCCAACUCGCAUCAUUCCCGAUCUUGACCGUUCACAAUACACACCAUCAAGUUAUUACGACUAA